GCGCAGGCGCAGAGCGGGCGGGCCCUUCGGUAGUUUCCUGAGGCGGCGGAGUGAGCUUUGUGGGAUUCUUGGCAACAUCUGCACACUUGUGGAUUCGCUGAACCUUGGCCUUGGCAGCCCACUUCUGCUGGGACUUCCUCCCUUCCAGCUUUCUGCUAUUCAAAUUGAAUUGGGUCUUCAUUCCUUGAACUCAGCAGCUUCACAGACUUCUGUGGUAUCUGCAGCUUUGCUAAAUGAGAUCUUCCUGAAUAUUUCUAUGUUCAGCCCUAAAGGAAGCUUAAUUCCAGGACAAGGAGACCCGAUCCCUUGUGAGCUGUUUCUGGUUCUGCAACUGGGACCAGCUGUUCUUUGAGGAUAACCCCCUUCUGGUCCUCCUCAUGGAUUCCUCCAGUGAUUGAUGGGAACAGAAAUUAUGGCAGGAUUUUCAAGUGUGGACAUUUAGAUCACUCAACACAGAAGGGAACAAAGUCAAGGAAAGCAUCAAUAUGGAUCAACCGCAGAAGAGAAACGGUCGUGCUCCCCGUUGGGAUAAUCCGUUUCCAAGUGAAAAUGACAGCCAGAGUGAGUCAGCUUCAGGAAGGAUCGUGGAUCAUAAUCCAAGUGAGCGGAGUUCUCACUUGAAGUCCUCUCACUUGAAUCUCUUGUCCAGUGUAGAUUCGGAGGAGCUUAGUCAGAACGCAGAUGAUCAGCUGACACCCGAGAACAUGUCUUUGCUGUUGAAGGCUAUCCAAAAGCGCAAAAUGGCUCAUCAGGCAGCCAGUUCACCUAGGAGUACAGAAAAAGAAACCCUUUGCGGUGCAGGUGGCCAUGGUCCCACAGUGAAGAAAAAAGUGAUUGAUUAUGGGCAUAAGAGCAAGUAUGAAGGGCCUAAAGGGAACGCCCGCAGUUCUACCAUAGCUGUGGAUGACAGCGUGGAAAAGUUCCAAACCCGUCAGGCUGCUUCUGUGCCUGCUGUGCCCGCCGUCUUAAUUAGCCGUCCAAAGAACACCAGCGAAGAACUAAUUCGACAAGUGGAGCCUCGGGCACGUACACCAAAUCCGCAGGCUAUCCCCCUUGUGGACCCUGCCAGCAAAACACCUGGAUUGUUCCCACCUCCAGCAGGACCCAGGGUGCCUGCCGCGGUCCCCGCUGUGAUGCUGCCCGUGGUGCCACCCAUGACUUUGGUGCCUCCUGUCGCCCAGCCCGUCGUUCAGCCAGCUGUGGACCAGCCCAGGGUCCCUUCCGCGCCCCCGCUUCUUGAAAUUGAAAGUACGAAUGACAAAUACCUGCAAGCACCCUGGGCAGAUCCUCCUAAUCGUACCGGUCAGACUACAGGCGGCCAGAAGAAUGCUCAGAAGGAACCCCAGGACCGUUUUGAGUCCCCGUUCGGUGUGGUGAAAGCCUCUUGGCUUCCCGUUUUUUCAAACACUGAUGCACAGAAGACGAGGGAACUGCCUGACCCAUCACAGAUGAACGAUUACUAUGCUGUGACUCCUAGAGUAUUUCCUCGCAUUUGUUCUCUGUGUAAUGAAGUCUGUAAAGACAAAGUGGACUGGAUUCAGCAUCAGAAUUCUGUUGUCCAUAUCGGAAAUUGUCAGAAGCUCCGCGUGCAGUACCCCAACUGGCACCCUGAAGUCAGCUCUCCAUCCAAAAGAUGCAAAGGUGAUGGAGAGGAGAGGCACACAUCAAGGCGACGUUGUGCCAGUCCUAGCCCGAAACGUUCAAGAUGCUCAAGCUCUAGCCACUACAGGCAUGGAACUCAGUCACCAUCAAGGAGCUCGGGCCACACUAGGUGUCGAACUCGGUCACGAUCAAGGAGCUCUGGCUACACCAGGCGUCGAACUCGGUCGCGAUCAAGGAGCUCUGGCCACACCAGGCGUCGAAGUCGGUCACGAUCAAGGAGCUCUGGCCACACCAAGCAUCAAACUCAGUCACCAUCAAGGAGCUCUGGCCACACCAGGCGUCAAACUCGGUCACGAUCAAGGAGCUGUGGCCACACCAAGCGUCAAACUCAGUCACCAUCAAGGAGCUCUGGCCACACCAGGCGUCAAACUCGGUCGCGAUCAAGGAGCUCUGGCCACACCAAGCGUCAAACUCAGUCACCAUCAAGGAGCUCUGGCCACACCAAGCAUCAAACUCGGUCACCAUCAAGGAGCUCUGGCCACACCAGGCGUCGAACUCGGUCGCGAUCAAGGAGCUCUGGCCACACCAAGCAUCAAACUUGGUCACCAUCAAGGAGUUCUGGCCACACCAGGCGUCAAACUCGGUCGCGAUCAAGGAGCUCUGGCCACACCAAGCAUCAAACUCAGUCACCAUCAAGGAGCUCUGGCCACACCAAGCAUCAAACUUGGUCACCAUCAAGGAGUUCUGGCCACACCAGGCGUCAAACUCGGUCGCGAUCAAGGAGCUCUGGCCACACCAAGCAUCAAACUCAGUCACCAUCAAGGAGCUCUGGCCACACCAGGCGUCAAACUCGGUCGCGAUCAAGGAGCUCUGGCCACACCAAGCAUCAAACUCAGUCACCAUCAAGGAACUCUGGCCGCACCAAGCAUCAAACUCGGUCACCAUCAAGGAGCUCUGGCCACACCAAGCAUCGAACUCGGUCGCGAUCAAGGAGCUCUGGCCACACCAAGCAUCAAACUCGGUCACCAUCAAGGAACUCUGGCCGCACCAAGCAUCAAACUUGGUCACCAUUAAGGAGCUCUGACUACACCAGGCAUCGAACUCGGUCGCGAUCAAGGAGCCCUGGGAGUCACAGACAGAGUCGGCCAAGAAGUCGAAGUCCAUGGCGUUUUCCAAGUCCCAGACCCAGGUCAAUGUCUCCAUGGCGACCACUGGAUUCAAGUAGAUGUUCUUGUACUUCUUCCAGCUUGGAGAGAGAAUUGGAAAACUCAAGAAGAUCUCCAGAGAGACAACAUACCUGGACACCUCAUUCAGAAAACAGAUAUGAUGAACGGAAGCGGACCCACAGUAGUUCCAACUACCAGGAAAAGAGACGUGAGGAUUUGGAGUGGACGCAGGAGGGUAGUCCACGCCAGAAGUUGUUUAUAGGGACAGGAAGACAAGAACAGGAACGCAGUAGGUUGGUGCCCAGAGAGCGGAGGCGUGAUGAUCCUGAGCCCUCGGCACUGGCUUCUCUUACAGAGAAAAGUGUGCUUCAAGCCAUGGCACAGCUCCAGGCUCAAGGAGGAGCAGGCAGGAGACUUCACCGAGGAAGGGACUCUACGCACCUUGCAGCUGGGCGGACAGACACACCAGCUGUGCCCUCAGACCUUGUUUCCAUGAUCCAGCUGGUUACAACCCAGGUAAUUGAAGCUGUCUGGGAUUCUAAAGAAGCCUCCUCCAGGCGACCAAGCGCAAGUGAAGAUGGUCGAAGCCGCCAGCAAGGUUACUCUGCAGCCAGGAAGGCAAAGAACCCAAGCAUGGCAAGUUCCAGCCUCCAGCAGGCAACCUCUACAAGCAGCAAUGUGGUGGUUCCAGACACCCACCAAGGCAAUGCUAAGAGCAUCAAGGGAAAAACCAAAAAAGAGGGGAGUCCAUGUCCUAAGAAAGACAUCUCUCAGAGUGACACGGCAAAGGACAAACAUGUGGCAGGCCGGUGCCCCAAGAAAGAGAGCUCUUCGAGUGGCAAGGCAAAAGACAAAAAUGUGGCAGAUCUGUGCCCUGAGAAAGAAAGCUCUUCGAGUGGCAAGGCAAAAGACAAAAAUGUGGCAAGUCUGUGCCCCAAGAAAGAGAGCUCUUCGAGUGGCAAGGCAAAAGACAAAAAUGUGGUGGGUCUGUGCCCCAAGAAAGAAAGCUCUUCGAGUGGCAAGGCAAAAGACAAAAAUGUGGCAAGUCUGUGCCCCAGGAAAGAUAGCUCUUCGAGUGGCAAGGCAAAAGACAAAAAUGUGGUGGGUCUGUGCCCCGAGAAAGAUAGCUCUUCGAGUGGCAAGGCAAAAGACAAAAAUGUGGCGAGUAUGUGCCCUGAGAAAGAGAGCUCUUCAAGUGGCAAGGCAAAAGACAAAAAUGUGGUGGGUCUGUGCCCCGAGAAAGAAAGCUCUUCAAAUGGCAAGGCAAAAGACAAAAAUGUGGUGAGUAUGUGCCCUGAGAAAGAGAGCUCUUCGAGUGGCAAGGCAAAAGACAAAAAUGUGGUGGGUCUGUGCCCCGAGAAAGAAAGCUCUUCGAGUGGCAAGGCAAAAGACAAAAAUGUGGCAAGUCUGUGCCCCAGGAAAGAUAGCUCUUCGAGCGGCAAGGCAAAAGACAAAAAUGUGGCGGGUCUGUGCCCCGAGAAAGAUAGCUCUUCGAGUGGCAAGGCAAAAGACAAAAAUGUGGCGGGUCUGUGCCCCAAGAAAGACACUUCUUUGAAAGGCAAGGUAAAGAAGAAACGUGUGGCAGAUCCGUGUCCCCAGCAAGGUACUGCUGUGAGUGGUGAGGCAGAGAAACAACCUAUAGAGGCUCAUAGCUCCCACCAUGGUACUGCUGAUAAUGGCAAGGCAGAAAACCAGUGUGUGGUGGAUGCGUGCACCCAUCAAGGCAUUACUGCAAGUAUGGAAGAAGAGAACCAACAUGUGUUGGAUCAGUGGCCCCCGCAAGACAUGGCCCCGAGCGACAAGGCAGCGAGUGAAAAUGCAAUCGGUCCCAGCUCCCAGCAAGACACUAUUGCAAGCAGCAAGACAGAGGACUUGCAUGUGGCAGCUCCUAGCCCCCAGGAAGACACUUCUGUGAGCAGUGAGGCAGAGAAUCCAGGUGCAGCAAGUCCUAGCUUGAAUGAAGGCACUGCUGGAAAUGCCACGGCCGAGAACCUACAUGUGGCGAGUCCUAGCCCCAAUGAAGCCACUGCUGUGAGCGCUGAGACGGAGAGCAAAUGCCUGGUGGCUCUCAGCUCCCAGGAAGGCAGUGAUCUGAGCAGCAAAGCAGGCAGCCAAGAGACGGAGCAGGAACUGGUACCUGGAGCUGCAACUGGUACUGGUCAUCACUUGGGAAGUCCCGGGCGAGUCUCGAAGCCCCGAGUGCAGAUUUGUGGAGACUCUCUGGUCGUCUCUGCCCAGAAACGGGCGUCCCUCACUACAGAAGGUUGGCAGCUGGGCCUGGAGGAGAGUCUUGUUCUGGAGUGGCACGGGCAAGAAGAGAUGACCUGGACUUGGCUCCUUCCCCUAUUCCAGAAUCUAGCGGCUCAGGGCCAGGCCCCAAAUGCAUUGAUCCUUCAUCUGGGAGGAAACGAUUUAGUGCCUGCCUUCGAUUCAUCCUCAUUUAGUACAGUGAAAAGAGCAUUCUCCCUGCUUCGGGAACUUCUCCCCCAAGUCAGGGUGAUUUGGUCAGAGGUGAUACCACAGGGAAUCUGGCAUGGAGGAGAAAGAGACAGGCAGCGGAAGAAACUGAACACGGAUGUGGGAAAGUGCGUCAAAAGCCAUGGGGGUGCUGUGAUCAAACACCCGAGAAUUUCAUCCGAAGACACUGAGCUGUACAUGGAUAAAGCAAACCUGUCUGACGCAGGCAUUGACAUAUUUUUGGAGGAUAUAAAGAAUGGGAUUCUUGCCCACGUGCUCCAGUCUAGCGGAGUGGCAGGUGGCGGGCUCAAGAAAGGCACGAACUUAGCGCCACUUGCUCCUUCCGUUACUUCUUCUGGACUUGUCUCUGUGAAUGAGAAGGUUGCAAUUCAGGAGGAAGGAGCCGUCUCAUCUUCUGAGGAAGUGUUGAGAACGCGGACAGGCGCAAGGGAGGGGGCUGCGAGCUCCCAGCUGGUGAGCGGCAAGGCCAGGAACUCAGGUGUGGCUAGUCCAGGUCCUCACCCAGGAACGUCCGGAAGCCAUGAAGUCAAGAACCAAGAACCAAGAGCCGAGCAGCAUCUGGAGGUUGCAAGCGUGCCAGCUUCCUCAGCAGUUCCUGCUGACCUUCCCUCUGUGAGUCAGGAGGCUGCAACAGGGGAGGAUGAAGCAGUGUCAUCUUCCGAGGAAGCAUCGGAUACACAGGCAAACCAAGGAGAAGGCGCUGUGAACUCCCAGCCUGUGAGCAGCAGGGCCGAAAACUCAGGGGCGGCCAGUCCAAGCCCCAAGGCAGGAGUGUCUGGACGCAGCAAGGCAGAGAACCAAGAUGAGGAGCAAGAGCUGGUAGUUGGAAACGUUCCCCCUUGCUCAGGAAAUCCCGGACAAGCCUCGAAGCUGCGUGUGUGGAUUUGUGGGCAAUCAGUGAUUAUCUCUGCCCAGAAGCAGGCAUCCAGCACCACAGCAGGCUCACAGCUGGGCCUUGAGACCAUCUUGCUGGAGUGGCAUGGGCAGGAGGAGAUGGCCUGGCCUCAGCUUGUGCCCGCCUUACAGAAACUGGCUGCUCAGGGCCAGGCCCCAGAUGGGUUGAUCGUGCAUCUGGGCGAGAAUGACCUACUGUGCAGUCGUGGGGGUCAGUUAAGUUGCACCAUAAAACAGGAACUGGGGCUAGUGAAGGAACUUUUCCCCCAAGUCCGAAUCCUGUGGUCCAACCUGCUGCUGCGGAGGCGUGGGUUUGGCAAGUGUGGCUCUCGCACGGUUAACAGGGCGCGUGGCAUGGUGAACCUUGAAGUGGGGCAGUUCAUCGGCAGCCUGGGGGGUGCAGUGAUCGAGCACCCUGCAAUUUUGCACACCGUCCCUGACUUUUACGCAGAUGGAGACAGUCUCUCUUGCGAUGGUCUUGACAUAUUUUUGCAGGACAUUAAAAAUGGGAUUCUUGCUCACUUCCCUUCAUGAUGGCGCAAGAAGAGUGCGGGUGGCUGAGGCGAGUCCCCGUUCUCCAAAUGUGCAAGUAGUUUUCAGGGAACCUCAUGAUCUGGAGUCUGGUGGGGACACGUUGGAAGAGGGCGUCUCCCCGUUGAGCGGAAGGCAGAGAGGGAGCCGAGCUCUGCUGCUGUGUCCAGCUGUGGGUUCAGAGUCAAGGACAGCCCUGCCCUUUGAGUGGGGCAUUGGAUGUUGACAGCAGUCAUGCCGGGCACUGGAAGAGGCAGAGCAGAAGCAUUCUCAGCAUUACGCCGCCCCCCCCCCCCCCAGUCUGUACAAAGUCUAAUAAAUCAAUGACA